GGGCGUGUUUUUCGUGAGGAUCGCAUGAUAAACAUACUUUAGUCGGGUAACAUGGGAGUACAAACAAAAUGUCAAAAUAAAUAUUGAUGUUUUAUUUUUGAAGAAAGUUAAACCAAUUUUAUAUUUCUUUUUUGUAAUCUAGUGCCAAAGCAUGACGGGUUCAAGCAAUGAUCAUAAUAUAGCUGGUCUGAAGCAAAAGAAAGUUUUCAAAAUAAUUGUUUUAGGUGAUUCUGGCGUGGGAAAGACGUGCCUUACGUACCGCUUCUGCGAAGGUCAAUUCCUCGAUAAAUCUGAAGCCACGAUCGGGGUAGAUUUCAGAGAAAGGACUGUACGGAUAUGUAACGAAGAGAUAAAGCUUCAGCUGUGGGACACAGCGGGACAGGAGAGGUUUCGCAAGUCAAUGGUCCAGCACUACUACAGAAAUGUGCACGCUGUGGUCAUUGUCUAUGACGUCACCAAGCCGGAGACAUUUCAUUCAAUAGCAAGCUGGAUGCAGGAGGUGGAGUCUCACGGACUGACAGGAGCGCCGAGGGUGCUCGUUGGCAACAAGUGUGACUGCGGCACGCCGGAGUCCCGUCUUGCUACUGCAUAUGCACAGCGACUGGCUGAUAAGCAUGGCAUGCCUUUGUUUGAGACGUCAGCUCUACUGGACAGCGAGUGUGACAAUGUGGAGUCAAUUUUUAUGACUUUGGCACACAAGUUAUACUCCAAGCAGCCCCUUAGGGUUGUCAGAGUUGAGGGUGAACCAGGGUACGGUGUGGUGACACUGCCGCGUCAGAGGAAACCUCAUGUUACCACGGGUACUGACAACUGUCUUUGCAGCUAGGAUCGGAUUAAAACCAUAUGAAGACCUCAACUAGACCACACUAAAACCAUAAGGUCUAAAAUGUGUUCUGCUAACCAAGCUCUCUUUUACCGUCUGAGACAUUGCCAAUUUCUUAAUAUUAAUUAGUAAAUAAGGAAAAUUAUAUUAUCUAUGUCUUAGUUAAAAUAAAUAUUGAAAACAACAACUUUAAAUAUGAUAGUAAAUAAGUUAUACAACUUGAGACUUUAGAAUCACUUA